UCCAGCUACCUUAACAUAACACACGUCUUGUUUGAGCCAACCUCAUAACACCCGUUUCCGUUAUUCUCCUUCAUCCUUCUUUUUCUCCCGUUAUUUUCUCCCCAUCUUUCUGCAUUUCCGUUUUACUUGACUCGUUCGGAUCUUCCCUGUUUUCUGAAAUUUUAUCCGUUCUGUUUUAUUUCCCCUGAUUCGCGUGGUGGUGGUGUUAACCUAGGUUUCCACUCCUUGCCGUUCCCAUCUCAGAUAACAUAAACAUAAACAUAAACAUAACCACCACCGUGCUUAAAAUUAAAUCAUUAUUCUGAGGUGUGGGAGCGAAAGGGUGGUUCUCCGUUUUCAAUAGAUCUUUCACUGUUUCUCUUGUGAGGGGGUAGCCGGGGCCUCGGCCUCGGCGGGUUUCAAAACCCCCUACUUUUACACAAACCUGUUUUCCGAAACCCUAAUUUUUUUUUUCUUCUAAUUUUUGUAAAGCGGAAGUGAUGUCAUCCUUCGCUUGUUGCGUGGAUGCUGCUGCACUUGCUCCUCCAUUCUACGCUCUAGCCGGUGACGCUUCUCUUCCGCCGCCGGUCUCGUUUCCCGGCGUAUCUCCGGCGACAACCGAUGACGCUGCUUCCGUUGAUGAUGAUUCCCGUUGGUCACCCUCUCUGUCUGCCAGCCUCUACAGGGUCGACGGUUGGGGUGGUCCCUACUUCGCCGUCAACUCCGCCGGGAAUGUCUCCGUCAAACCUCACGGGUCGGGGACCUUUCCUCACGAGGAGAUUGAUUUGUUGAAGGUUGUGAAGAAAGCUUCGGACCCGAAAUCAAGUGGCGGACUCGGGUUGCAGCUUCCUCUCAUUGUUCGGUUCCCUGAUGUUCUGAAGAACCGGGUCGAGUCCCUACAAUCUGCUUUCGAGUGCGCGAUCCAAUCGCAGGGGUACGAGUCUUAUUACCAAGGUGUUUACCCUGUGAAGUGCAACCAGGAUCGGUUCGUUGUGGAGGACAUAGUGGAAUUCGGGUCUCGGUUUCGGUUCGGGUUGGAGGCAGGGUCGAAGCCCGAGAUGCUUCUGGCUAUGAGCUGUUUGUGCAAAGGCAACAGAGAAGCUCUUCUGGUUUGCAACGGGUUCAAAGACUGUGAGUAUAUUUCGCUGGCUUUGGUUGCGAGGAAGCUAGCGUUGAAUACGGUGAUUGUUCUUGAGCAAGAGGAAGAGCUUGAUUUGGUCAUUGACAUUAGCAAGAAGCUCUGCAUUCGUCCUGUGAUUGGUGUUCGUGCGAAGCUGAGGACGAAACAUUCUGGCCACUUUGGGUCCACUUCAGGGGAUAAAGGGAAGUUCGGUUUGACAACUACUCAGGUUUUGCGUAUUGUGAAGAAGCUUGAACAAAUGGGCAUGCUUGAUUGCCUUCAAUUGCUGCAUUUUCAUAUUGGUUCUCAAAUUCCUUCCACUGCAUUGCUCGCUGAUGGUGUGUUAGAGGCUGCGCAGAUAUAUUGUGAAUUGGUUCGACUGGGUGCCAAUAUGCGAGUUAUUGAUAUUGGUGGUGGUUUGGGCAUUGAUUAUGAUGGUUCAAAGUCGAGUGAAUCUGACCUAUCUGUUGGAUAUGAUCUACAAGAGUAUGCUGCAGCUGUUGUUCAGGCAGUUAAGUAUGUCUGCGAUCGCAGGAACAUCAAGCACCCUGUCAUUUGUAGCGAGAGUGGCAGAGCCAUUGUGUCUCAUCAUUCUGUCUUGAUUUUUGAGGCCAUUGGUGCUGCUAGUGCAAAUAGAGCACCAGCAUUGUCCACCCUUGGAUUGCAGUGUUUGGGGGAGGGGCUCUCCGAAGAUGCUUGUGCAGAUUAUCAGAAUAUAUCUGCUUCAGCCAUUGGAGGUGACUAUGAAACCUGCUUGCUCUGUGCCGAUCGAUUCAAACAACGAUGUGUUGAAGAAUUCAAGCAAGGUAAUUUGGGGAUUGAGCAACUUGCCGCUGUUGAUGGUUUGUGUGAAUUGGUGACUAAGGCUAUUCAUGCAAAAGAUCCAGUUCGAACAUACUAUGUGAACCUUUCUGUGUUCACCUCGUAUCCUGAUUUUUGGAGCAUAGAUCAGAUGUUUCCCAUAGUCCCCAUUCAUCGUCUGGAUGAGAGGCCAACAGUGAGGGGAGUUUUGUCAGAUUUGACUUGUGACAGUGAUGGGAAGAUAGAUAAGUUCAUUGGGGGUGAAUUGAGCUUGCCCCUCCAUGAAUUGGAAGGCCAUAAUGGUGGCGGGUAUUACCUGGGAAUGUUCUUGGGUGGGGCUUAUGAGGAGGCGCUAGGUGGUGUCCACAACUUGUUUGGUGCACCCAGCGUUGUAAGGGUGCUACAGAGUGAAGGCCCGCAUGGCUUCGCGGUAACACGUGCAAUGCCAGGGCCGUCGUGUGGGGAUGUCCUCCGAGUGAUGCAGCACGAGCCUCAGCUCAUGUUUGAGACGCUCAAGCACCGUGCACAAGAGUUUUGUGGACAACAAAAUGAGGAUGAAAACACUAGUGUGCUAAACGCUGCGGCGCUGGCAGCUAGCCUAGCCCGAACCUUCGACAACAUGCCGUAUCUGAUUCCAUCCUCAUCUUGUUACUUGAAUGCCAUAAGUGACAAUGGUUUUUACUACUGCUCUAGUGAUAACAUCAAUGCUACUGUUGCUGAUUCAGCUGGUGGAGAAGACGACCAACGCUCUUAUUGCUGUGCUUGAGUUUCGUCCUUUAGUGUUCCCUUGUCAUUUUUAUGUUGUUGGUUGUCGUCGAGGUUGUCUGUUAAAUUUUACCUUUUUUAAUUUCUUCGUGGUUUAGCAACGUAUGUAAGUAAGAAGCAAGACAGAUCCUCUGCCUUCUGUUUUUGCAAUUUGGCAUCGUAAUCUCUAUGUUGAUAUCUGUCUUGUAGACUAUCAACUUCCUAGUGUAACAAAUUUUUAUUGUUGCAAUGAUUUUUAUGUUUAGGUUGAAAA